UUCAGCCGCAACGCCGUCAUCGCCGUGCGCAACAAUCGCCUCUGCUUCAUGACCCGUGUGGGCGACCUCCGCAAGUCCAUGAUCAUUGGCGCUGCCGUCCGCCUCCAGGUGGUACGCAAGACRACCACCCCCGAAGGCGAGGUCAUCCCUAUCCACCAGAUCGACGUGCAGACUGAGAGCGCCGCMGCGAGUAACUCCAUCUUCCUCUUGGCGCCACUCAUUAUCUGCCAUACCAUCAAUAAGGAUAGUCCGCUGUACGACCUGUCGGCCAUGGAGCUGCAGUGCAGCGACCUGGAGGUGAUUGUGAUCUUGGAGGGCGUGGUGGAGACCACGGGCAUCACCACCCAGGCCCGGACCUCCUACGUCACCGAGGAGAUCCAGUGGGGUCACCGCUUCGUGCCCAUCGUGACCGAGGAGGACGGGGUGUACUCGGUGGACUACUCCAAGUUCGGGAACACGGUCAAGGUGGCAACGCCGAGGUGUUCGGCCCGCGAGCUGGACGAGAAGCCCUCCAUACUCAUCCAGACGCUGCAGAAGAGCGAGCUGAGCCACCAGAACUCACUGAGGAAGAGGAACUCAAUGAGYCGGAACAACUCCAUGAGGAACGGCGGCGGGAGCUCCGGCACCAUGCGGAGGAACAACUCGGCCCUCACCGUGCCCAAAGUGCAGUUCCUCACCCCUGAGGCGGUGGGCCAGAACAUGGCCGUCACAUGACACGAGGCCUGGCUCCCAUUGGCUGUCCUGCUCUUCKUGGGUGGGACCUCCCAUGUUUAUCCUUUGGCUCAGUUAGAGCUGACUCUUGUCCUGUUCCCCACACUKUGCCACAUAUACAGUAGUCAAUGCUAUACCUGACACACACAAUGCCCUGUUAUAAUUAUUGUUGUGAGGAUGGAUUUAACCUGUUUUAGUUACUGAUUAGUGUCUCAUUUUCAGUCUGGUUCUUUCCAAGUGCCUUUGCCUUUGUCUGGUUCUAAGCUGUAAUAGGCAUCCACAAGUUGUACUUUAUGAUGUAAAUGCCUUUACACAUGUAAUAACUCUUUAUAUUGCUUUGUACUGAAUUCUGUACMCAUCACUAAAUCCAUGUGAUUAUUUAAUUUGCUCUUUAAUGUUACCGUGACCAAAGAACAUAUUAUUACAGAUGAUAAUGACCAACUCUUGCCUAAUAGUAGAAGUAUGUUUUGAUAUCAGCUGCAACAUGUAUUGCACACCAACCGUGUUCCUCAUUCUUAUCAAAACUUUUAAUAAAGCAUUUGCGUCGGUACUGUA